GAAGAUAAAAGAGCAUGUUAUCUGGCAAGUCCAUUCCACCUCCAUGGUUAUUAAUUUCAGAACACAUCUGAAUUCCUUCUCUGGGGAACAGACAGCUCCUGGCCGGGUCAGAUUUCAAGUUCUCAUCUGUUUCUACCAAUGCCACUACCAAAUUCUUCUUUGUAGUCAACCUCUGAGGUCUUCCUUGAGUACAACUUGGUGUCUGAAGAUCCAGUCAAGUGUCUGUGGUCAUCAGUCUCUUUACAAAAUCACAGUCUCUUCUCUUGGCAAAACAUCUACUGCCCUGAGCUUUGCUUUUGGAAACAACUUCUACCCGGGACCAUACUUCCCAGCAUGGAGGCAAAGAGUUUCGCAGUUUGGGAUUAUGUUGUAUUUGCGGCCCUCUUUGUCAUUUCCUCUGGAAUUGGGGUGUUCUUUGCUAUUAAGGAGAGGAAAAAGGCAACUUCAAGGGAGUUCCUUGUUGGGGGAAGGCAAAUGAGCUUUGGUCCUGUAGCGUUGUCCCUGACAGCCAGCUUCAUGUCAGCUGUCACUGUCCUGGGGGCUCCCUCUGAGGUGUACCGCUUUGGGGCAUCUUUUGUGCUCUUCUUCAUUUCAUAUGCAUUUGUCAUCGUCCUCACAUCAGAGCUCUUUCUCCCCGUGUUCUACAGAUCUGGCAUCACCAGCACUUAUGAGUACUUACAACUACGAUUCAAUAAACCAGUACGCUUCGCGGCCACUGUCAUCUACAUUGUGCAGACGAUUCUCUACACAGGAGUGGUGGUGUACGCACCUGCAUUGGCGCUCAAUCAAGUGACUGGGUUUGAUCUCUGGGGCUCUGUGUUUGCAACAGGAAUUGUUUGCACAUUCUACUGUACCCUGGGAGGAUUAAAAGCAGUGGUGUGGACAGAUGCAUUUCAGAUGGUUGUCAUGAUUGUGGGCUUCUUAACAGUUCUCAUUCAAGGAUCAGCUCAUGCUGGCGGAUUGCACAAUGUCAUAGAGCACUCCACAAAUGGAUCUCGACUCAAUAUAUUCGACUUUGAUGUAGAUCCUCUCAGGAGGCACACGUUUUGGACAAUCUCAGUGGGAGGAACUUUCACCUGGCUCGGGAUCUAUGGAGUUAAUCAGUCCACCAUACAGCGUUGCAUCUCUUGCAAAACAGAAAAACAUGCAAAACUAGCCUUGUAUUUUAACUUGUUGGGUCUCUGGAUCAUUCUGGUGUGUGCUGUCUUCUCUGGCUUAAUCAUGUACUCCCACUUCAGAGAUUGUGACCCUUGGACUUCUGGCAUUAUUUCAGCACCAGAUCAGCUGAUGCCAUACUUUGUCAUGGAGAUAUUUUCCACGAUGCCAGGACUGCCUGGACUCUUCGUGGCUUGUGCCUUCAGUGGAACUCUGAGCACCGUGGCUGCCAGCAUCAAUGCCUUAGCAACAGUGACCUUUGAGGAUUUUGUCAAGAGCUGUUUCCCCCAUCUCUCCGACAAGAUGAGCACCUGGAUCAGUAAAGGCUUAUGUCUCUUGUUUGGUGUGAUGUGCACCUCCAUGGCUGUCGCUGCAUCCCUCAUGGGGGGGGUCGUGCAGGCUGCUCUCAGCAUCCACGGCAUGUGCGGGGGACCAAUGCUGGGCUUGUUCUCUCUGGGAAUCGUGUUCCCUUUUGUGAACUGGAAGGGUGCAUUAGGUGGCCUUCUGACUGGAAUCACCUUGUCAUUUUGGGUGGCCAUUGGGGCCUUCGUCUACCCUGCACCAGACUCCAAGACAUGGCCCCUGCCUUUAUCCACAGAGCAUUGUGUCCCUUCUAAUGUGACAACGUCAGUGCCUACAGUGUUACCUGGCAGACCUGCCAUCGCUGACACCUGGUACUCGCUCUCCUACCUUUACUACAGUGCAGUGGGCUGCCUCGGAUGCAUUGCUGCUGGAAUAAUCAUUAGCUUCAUAACAGGUCACCAGAGUGGCAAGGAUAUUCAACCGUUGCUAAUUAGACCAGUUUGCAAUUUAGUUUGCUUUUGGUCUGAGAAAUACAAACGACUGUGCUGGUGUGGUGUCCAGCACGACAGUGGAACGGAGCAGGAAAACCUUGAGAAUGGCAGUUCCUGGAAACAAGGAGCUGAAUCUGUCUUACAGAAUGGACUCAAGCAAGAAAACCUGGUCCAUAUUUCAGGCCAUGAUCUGAAGGACAGCAGCUACAACAAUUUGGCGUUUGAGAAGACUACCCAUUUCUAACACAGGCAUGCGAGUACAACACACACACACACACACACACACACACACACACACACAAGCAAAAGCACACACACAAAUACACACAGUACGUAUCCUGCUGGCCUAUUGGCUAGUAGAUUGUGUAGUUGUCACUGCUAAAAGACAGGGAUGUCUAAUGUCUAUUUAUACUUAUUUAUAACUACAAAUAAAAUGACUGUUCCCCUGGAUAUUCCCAGGAUACUCUUUGGAAGACCCCAACUUUCAGGUGAGAAGAAACAGCCUAGUCUUAAGUGCCCUGGCAACUUCUUCCUGGAUUAAAUUAGGACUGGAUAUGUCAUAUUAAACUUCAGGGUAUUUUGUUUUGUUUUGUUUUGUUUUGUUUUGGUAGUUCUUGAGCCAUCAUGUUUCUUGGAAUUCACAGGCAGAAUGUAGAAGGGGUUAUGCAUAUUAAAUGCUUCUCCAUCACUGCUGGUAAAAUGAAGGCAUGCCGUCCACGCCGACCCCCAUACCUCACAUAGGUGGAGACACAUUUCACAACACCUCACACUGCAGUUGCAGUUGGAACACUUAAUUGCCUUGAAACCCCUCAUCCCAUGCCAGGCCCCCAUAUCUGAAGUCCUCCUCUUCCAUCAUCCCCGCUCCUACAGCUGUCCUGACCAAGCCUUAGAAAUAAUUUUGCUUAGCACAGGAGAGGGUCUGGUAUAUCUAGUUAGUGCAACAGUCAUAAAUACGCUCACCCUUUGGGCUCUUGGCAUAGUAGGUUUUUCUAUCACUUUACAAAGAAAAAUUGAUUCUGCUCAACAGAAGUCUAGAGUCCCUCUCCAGGGCCAGGUGAACAGGAACAAGGAAUGUCCUAGAGGAGGCUAUUAGGCUAGGAUCUAGGAAAAGAACUUUGCAAAUAGCUUACCAACCCACAGAUUUCACUCGUCAUGGGGUCUUCUUUGGUGCAAAAUACCUUGUCCAUGGGAUUUAUACUUUUCACUUUUUGAGGACUUCAUUUCUUUGCUUCUUCUAAAAACCUUUCACUGCCUCUCCAUUUUUUUUUUUAAUAACAACUUCUGUUCUGUAUUUUCUUUUACUCCAGAACUUAAAAAAUGAUCUUUGAGAACUCAGCUCUGUUGUGCAAGCUCAAAGUGUUCCAUCAGGCUAAGGUGACAUCAGGAAAGAUUUAUAUGGUUGUUUAUAAUUAUAAAUCUAUAAUUUACAGAAAGUAAAAAAGAACCAGUGCCACAGAGCCUAGAUCAGAGGGAAGAUUAUAAGAAAUACAGCAGUGUCUCAGUGUCAGGUCCAUUAGAGCAGUGCCAGGAAUUUCUCUUGGUGACCAGGUAAGAUUAAAAGGCCUAGAAAUAAUAUGUUAGCAAAAUAAAAUGAAAUGGUCCAAAUGGGGAAGAAUGAGAAGCCCCAAAGGCUCUGUUGUUUAGAUGUAAUCCAGGAGGAGAAAACCUUAAAAGAAGCAAUGAGAUAGAGAAAAAAAUUAUGUAACCAGUAUUUGUUAUUAGGGAGAGAAGAUAGAAAGAUGGAGGGGAAACCAAUGAAGAAAUUUAAAAAAAAACCUGGGAUUCAUAAGCCACAACCAAAUGCUUGCCUUCUCUCUCUCCAUUCUCAGUGGGAGAGGUGAAUAGAGUUAGAAAAAGAGAGAACUGGGUUGUGGUUUACAAGGGAGAUGAGAAAAACACAUUUUGAGAAAGGAGGAAAGAAGUAAAGUAAAAAUACACUUGGAAAAAUAUCUGAAAAUGAGAAGGAAAAAAAUCAUGAAAAUGAGAAAUGUCUAAAAACAUUUCUUGAGGUCCACCAAGCUAACAAAGAUGUUGAUCUAAGGAUCUGCAAAUCGGAAGGCGUGAUUAUUUUCCAAAUGAUUUAGUAGUUAGGACAUUCCUAUGACUUAGAGCUCGAGAAUAUAUUAGGUGAAUGUUGACAUCCGGGCCAAACCACAUUGGUUUAGUUCAUAUCUUAUGACUGGGAAGGAAAGCAACAAUUCUGAGGAUGAAACCUCAGUAUAUAAACAGUAGCAAUUAUAUAUGUGGUUUCCUUCCUGCCCCCUGCCUCUCAGAGGAUGCUUUAUUGACAAAUUGCCCAUUAUUCAUUCACUUUAAGGAGACGAUAAAUCAGUUACUACCCAUGCAUCUUGCCUUCUCAGCACACCCUGUAGAGAUUUUAAUGCUGGAGAAAGAACUCGGAGUGGUGUUCUUUCCACGGCAAGAGCAUGGAUGGCAGUCCCUGAAGGGUGUCUGAACUGAGCAGUGGCCACUCAGGCAUCUGAGAACACAUCACAGUCUGAUUUUGAGCUGAGACUCUGCCCCCAGCAGGUCCACAGCGGCCUGCACUCAGACCUGGUCUCCAAUGCUGAGAACCAGCACAGAGCUGCCCCUCCAGACACACCAGACACAAGGGACCCAGGGUGAGAGGCACACUGCUGGGGUAUAGAUGGAUGGAAUACAUUUCAAGGUUUUGAACUGACUCUUGGAAUUGCAUGAAAUCAAAAUGUACCAUAAUGUUCUUCAUUUUACUCACAAAUAAUCCCAUCAACAUUUCACUAGGACGGAACUUUACCCAGAGAGUUUUUUAGGACCCCUUUUUCUCUUCUUUUUUUAGUUGCUAAUUCUCUUAUCUGAAGUAUUAUCAAAGCAUCAGUGAACUUACAAAUAAAAAAUACCAUUAUUAUUGUCAU